AUGGAAUAUUUUGCAUACCAAAUCCAAUUUAGGGACGAUGUACCAUCUUUAUUGCAUAAUGGCAGAAAGUUAUACCAACAAUACUUGGUUGAUGUGUACACGAUGGUUGAGGCAGAAGGAAUUUCCUACGCAAGGAACAAUCAGUCCAAUUUAAGAACGGAUUCACUGAAGAACUUACAACAAGCUUCAAAUAGUGGAAUAACCGACAGUGCAAACAUAGGUACAAAAGUUAUACUGCCUUCUUUAUUUACCGAUAGUCAUAGAUACAUGAUGCAGAACUACUUGGACGCAAUGGCAAUAUGCAGAUCCUAUGGAUAUCCUGAUCUCUUCUUAACGUUCACAUGCAAUCCACAAUGGUAUGAAGUUGUUAGGUAUAUGAAGCAGGUCAAACUAAAUCCGGAAGAUAGGGCCGAUACUUUAUCCAGAAUGUUUAAGAUUAAGGUUGAUCGGUUGAUGCAAGAUAUCAAAGAAAACAACAUUUUUGGUAAACUUGAGGCAAUUGUUUACACAAUUGAGUUCCAAAAACGUGGACUUCCUCAUGCUCAUAUAUGUCUAUUCUUGAAUGAGAAAGAUAAACUCAAGGACAUCGACUCAAUAGAUCGUUUUAUUUCUGCCGAGAUUCCAGAUGAAAAUGUUGAUCCAGAUCUUUAUAAAAUCGUAAGCAACUUAAUGGUUCACGGUCCAUGUGGUGAAGCCAAUAUGGAUGCUGCAUGUAUGGUUGACAAGAAAUGUUCUAAAAAUUUCCCCAAAGACUUUUCAGAUAUUACAACCAUCGACAAAGAUGGUUAUCCUCACUACCGCAGACCGGAUAACGGUAGAAAAAUAAUUAAAAACAAAAUUCCCCUAGAUAAUAGGUAUGUUGUUGGUUAUAAUCCUACUCUUUCAAAAAGUUAUCAAGCCCAUUUAAAUAUCGAGUGGUGCAACCAGUUAGGAACUAUAAAGUAUCUAUUCAAGUACAUAAACAAAGGAAAUGAUCGAGUUACAGCUGCAGUUGUUGAUGAAGACAUUGACGAAGUACAAGACUACUAUGAUUGUAGAUAUUUAUCAGCAUGUGAAUCAGUUUGGAGGAUUUUAGGAUUCGAUAUUUAUUGCAGAUUUCCUUCUGUUAUAAGGUUGCCUUUCCAUCUUGAAGGCGAACAGUAUAUAACAUUCACCGAAGAGGGUACUAUUGAAAAUGUUCUUAACAAGACUUCUGUCAAUUGUUCAAUGUUUUUAGAAUGGAUGAAGUGCAACAAGGAAAAUUCUUUGGCACGUACGUUAACAUAUGGUCAAUUCCCUGAACAUUUUACAUGGAAGGCGGAUAAAAAAAAUGGGCUCGGCGAUCCAGAAAAGUGGUUUCUAUAG